CUGCUGUUCUUCUCUUCUCCGUCACAAACUGGCAAACACGCUCUUUCUUUGACCAGCAUGAGCUCAAACACGAUCUCUGCGGUGUUAGAGAAGCUCAUUCGUCACCUGUGUCUGGAGAACUUCCCCUGUGGAAAUGGCAGCUGGGUGAGUUUUCAGCUUUAUAAAACCAUCAGAUCUUUCUCAAUGCUGCAUGGACAGGUUGGGUUUUUUAAAUAGUGAUACUAACUUUGUUCCCAGAGAUCAGCUGGUAUAAAAGGAGCAGAAACAGAGGAGACUGACACCCUCCUGGAUCUGCUGAGCUGCCCGCGCUCUCCUUGGUGGGACGACACUCUGUGGAGUCCUCAGGCUGCGGCCUUGAGGCAGCUGGCUGUGCUCAGACCUGAACGCCUGAACGCUGACUUUGUUUACAGUUACUUUACCACACUUCGCAUCGUGGACAAAGAUGUGAGUGGGGUGAAUUUUUACUUUCAGAUCUUUUCUUUGAAAUUUGUGUUUCAAAGAGACCAGUAUAACACCCCCCUUCCCCUUCGUUUUGAUCGAUCGAUGAUAACGUGAGGAGAGCUGGGGCUUUCCUCCGCAUAACUUCACCAUCAAAUCUAAAAUUGAUCAUCAAAGAUAAACUGGAAGCAGAGUAGGAAAAAAUUCACAAGAGCAGAACAAAAUUUACAUCAAAUCACGUGUUGGAAACAUGCGUGAACACUUGCACUCUGGUAGGCUUUUGAUCACAAUUAACCUCCACAGGUGCUGCAGUCAGGUGUCUGUUUUAUUCUCAAAAUUUGUUCAAAACCGACAAAGAGGAAUUUAUUUUUGUGUAACUUUGCCAUGUAACCUCCAAAAUAAACAGAGCAUCCAAAAGUACAUCACAUUUCCCACUUUCAAAGCAGCAUGAUGGCUCCUUGUUAAAAAAAAAAAAGAGCCACACAAAGUCGAAUAAUUCUUCAUGUUUUCUGCAGAAAUAUAAAACCUGACGUUUUGCUUCUGUUGUCUUCAGGUAUCUUUUGUCGAUGAUGGUCUGUUACAGUUCUCAAAGCUGGAGGAAUUAGUUCUGAGUGCGAACAAAAUUCAUGACAUUCCUGGAGGAAAUCUUCCCAGCACUUUGAAGGUGGGUCCUGUACCAGCUUGCUCUGCAGCUCCGGGGAUCGAGUGUUUUCUUUCUUUCAUUUUUUGUAAGUUGGUUAUAUAACAGAGUGAAUUAAUGUUUUUUUUUUUUUUGUGAGGCACAGAAAAAAAAAAAAAAACCAUCAGUGAGGAGGAGAUUUACAAUUUAUGAUGCCAGUAACCAGCGUUGUCAGGUAGACGUCAGAACGAGCCGUUUACUGCACACAGACAAAAUGAGCCUUUCAUUAUACUUUUUUUUUUUUUUACAUUUUUCAAAGUAAUGAUUAAAACUGAGUGUUUUUUUAAUAAUCAGAUUUAAUUUUAUUUUCAGAAUUUACAAAGAACCAUACAUCAUUUUAACUCAAAUUACAUAGAAAAUAGGGCAGCAUCUGUGUGUGUGUGUGUGUGUGUGUGUGUGUGUGUGUGUGUGUGUGUGUGUGUGUGUGUGUGUGUGUGUGUGUGUGUGUGUGUGUGUGCGUGUGUGUGUGUGAGUGCUGUAUGUGUUGAAUGGGGGUUGGGACGGUGGGUGGGGUUUGGCAUUUGUUUUUUAAUUUAUUUUAUUUUAUUAUUAUUAUUUUUAAUAACUGUGAGAAUGGACAGCACUUUGUGCCAUGUUCCAUGUAUGAAAAGUGCUUUAAAAAUAAAGUUGGAUUGAUUGAUUGAUUGAUUGAUUGAUUGAUAUCUUGUUUUUGAAUGUUGCUGUCACUUCCUUAGAUACACAUGAUUAGAACUUCAAACUAAGUGUUUUAUUUUAUGGAACAAAAAUACAGGAUGUGAUUAUUUGUCUCACACCUUACAUGUGAGAGUUUGUGACAUAAUCAGGAAAUACUUUACGCACAGAUCUGGGUCGAUUACAACCCAACAUGAAAAUUCCUUCUGCUAACUUUAAAGAGUGACUCAUAAUCGAAUCUUCUAGUAAUUUCUAUUCAAUAAUCGGGGAAUGCCCCACAAUGCAACACUCAUUGAUCAAAGUGGAACAGCUUAGUGAUAAAAAAGAAUGAUGAUACCCUUUUUUAUUUUAAAGGUUUUGGAGUUAUGUGCCAAUCAGGUCUCUUCUCUGACCGGUCUGGUCAGCCGCCCGCCCCCUCACCUGCAGUACCUCGGCCUCGGCUCGAACAGACUCGGCUCCUGUGAAGACAUUUCUCAUCUCACAGGAAGACACUGGUUAGCUCUCACACACUGACACAGGAAGAUAUCAGCUCAAACAGAAACAAUGUUCUACGUGUGAGACAGAUUUCACACUUUUUAAUGACGGAGUGAAUCAUCCACCUCCUGAAGCAGCUCUGGAGUUUUCCUGUCAGAGUGUAUGGGUGGUGAAGAUCUUGGUGAACCACAUCAAAUGAGUGUGGUUUCAGUGGGAGGAAGGAGUUCGUAAAAGUGACCCUGAUCCUCUUUUCGGUCAGCUCAUAUCAAAGUUAUGAAUAAAAACUUUAUUUAAGAAAACAGGAAACACUUCAGAGCUCUGAUAAGCCUGAUUAUAUCAUGUGAGAAAACUGUUGAGGGGAAAUAAAUGUGUAAAGAUUUUCCUUCUUAUCAUCAAUUCAACAUUCAAACGCAAUCCAGUUUAUACAAAUGAAAUUCACUCCACAUUCUUUGGAAACACCAGACUCAGAAUUUAAAUCAGGUGGACGAGAAAGGGUUUUGGAUGAGUAUGCAAGGAGUUUAUUGCCCAAAACAACAAAAUAUGAAAAUUAACUUUUAAUUAUAAGUUUUUAAAAUGUCUUUACUUUGAAAGAAACUCAUUACUUAAAUAAAAUAAAUGAAACCAAAUACUAAACCAUGGCUGUGUCUGACCUCAGGCCUCGGCUGGUGUGUCUGGACCUGAGCUACAGUGAGUUUGAGGACCAGUGGGCCCUCCUAAAUGCUCUGUGUACGCUGCCCUGCCUCAAGACUCUGGUGCUGGAAGGAAACCCCUUGACUCUGGCGUCCUGCUACCCCGGCUUCACCGUGGAUAGUCUGCCGCAGCUCUCCUGUCUUGACGGGUCAUGGAUUUCCCCAGAGGAAAGACACGGUUUUAAAGGCCUGACAGAGAUGAGAGGUCAGUCUGCGGAUGAGUGGAUGUCUAGUUGUGUUUUAUUUGAUUACAGCCUUUAUUAUCGUGGUCCUUUUCUUCCUCACAGAUCUGAUAGUGGAGUGGGCAUCGGCCUCAGUGAGUGUCGGCAGAAUGAGGGGAAUCCCAGAUCCUGUGAUGAGUGUGGAUGAAAAUGCUCCUGAGUUUCCCCUCGUCACUUACAGCUACUACAUUUCCUACAAGUUCCUUCGUCAUCAAACUGCUGCUAAUCUGGUGACGUUUCCUCUCCGCACUCUGCAGUCUCUUCCUCUCUGUGUUGGUUUGACGCCCUCCAGGAAGUCACACUGUUGGCUCGCUGCACUCAGUUUGAGUUUUGACAUAUUUUAUUGGACAUCUACAAACUUUAAGGCGAUUUCUUGUUAUUAAGGUCACUCAUGUUUUUGUUGGCAGCUAAAAAGACUAAACCUCCUGAAGCAAACCCAGUGAAAUCUACAAGAUAGGAUUAGGGCCACAUGAAGAGGAUAAAAUAAAAAAUAAUUACAGGAACAAAUUAAAGUCAAAAUUUCAUGAACAAUAUCAAAAUUUUGAGAUAACAAAAAAACAAAGAUUUUAAGAUUGAAGUCGACAUGAAUAAAAUUGAGAUUUUGGAAAUUGCAUCAAAAUUUUAAGAUUAAAAUCGAAAUUACCAGAUUAAAGUUGUUAUGUUUUAAACAAUGUAGAAAUUUCGGGAUUAAAAACUAAAAUUUUGAAAUUAAAGUCGACAUGAAAAAAAUUGAGAUUUUGGGAAUUAAAUAGAAGUUUUGAGAUUAACAUCAAAGUUACAAGAUUAAAGUCAAAAUGUAAUUAAAAAUAUAAAAGCCCACAUAAAUAAAGAUAAUAUUCGAAAUAAAAAAUUAAAAUUUUGAGAUUAAAGUCGACAUGAAUAAAAUUGAAAUAUCAAGAUUAAAUCAAAUUUUUUAGAUUAAAGUCGAAAUGUCAUGAAUAAUGUUUAAAUUUCAAGAUAAAAAAAUUUAAUUUUGAGAAUAAAGUCAAAACUUCAAGAUUAAAGUUGACCUGAAUAAAGUCGAAAUUUCAUGAAUUAAUGGAAAUUAUGAGAUUAAAUUCAAAAUGUUGUGAAUAAUGUCAAAAUUUCAGGAUUAAAAAAAAUUACAGUUUUGAAAGUAAAGUGGAAAUUGUGAGAUUAAAGUCCACGCAAAUAAAGACAAAUUAUUACUCUAACCAAAAAAUCCAAAAUCCAAGAAAAGGCACAAGGAGACACUGGGGACACUGGGAAUACUAUACUGGGGAUACUGGCAUACAGACACACAAUGAACCAACAAAGAAACAGGGGAAGACAAGGACAAGAUAUAUUAACACAGGGAAAGAAGCAACGAGAGGCAGGUGAGACACUGGGACACAGGUGCAGACAAUUACAGAGGAGGGAAAAGUGAGGAAGUAAAACAAGACUAGAAACACAGGGAGUAAACUACUACAAAAUACAACAGGAAACAGUGAAAACUGAUACACAGAAUAUAACACUGAGAACAUGAGGGACACAAACUGAAAACUCACAAGACAAGACCACAGGGGAAGAGGAACAAUAGGGAACAGAAACACGAGGGAAAAUCACAAAGAAAAUACACUAAAAUCACGAAACAAGGGGAAAAAACUAAAUCAACAGAACAUAUCAUUACAAAACGAUUCUCUUUUUUUUGUCUGCUUGCAGAAGUUGGACCGUGAGUCCGAGUGUGAUUCAGCACCUGCAGCUGAAAGAAUGGAGAGUGACUCAGAGCUGCCAUCAGUCCAAAACUGUGAAAAGUCAAACACACGAGACUUGAUGGUGCACACUCAGGAAACCUGCUGUGAUGUUUCUCAUGGUAAUGAAAAGCCCCUCCUAAUGUGAGCUGUCCAGGCUAAAAAUUUAUAACUGCGCUUUCAUUGACAGAGCUGUUUACAUAAGAAGAUAAAAUGAACUUGAAUGGCAUUCAGUUUGGAAACAGCAUCAGUAUGAUGAAUUUGACCCCAUCCUGUACCCUGUUUAUCUGGGAUUUCUUAUCGUUUUCUGAGGAAUUCAGACAACGCGUAUCAAGGCCAUGAAAAUGUUUGUUUUUGUACAUGCAUCUACCACCGAGCGCCACUUUGCACUUUGUAUUUCUGUGUUUUUUUUCCCCCCAGUGUCACAACACAGUACGCCAAAGCUGGCAUGGUCGGAGAGUAUGGACUUCAGUGACACACAAACGUACGCUGUGAGGGAUCUGAGGGGUUUCAAGAGAUUCCUCAGUCAGGGACUUCAGCUCAGAAUUGAGUUGGAGAAGGUAUAGACAAUGAGGUUUGGAAAGAGGGGGGUCGACAUUUGUAUUCAGAAUAUUUAGUAAGACUUAUAUUUUGGGAUUUUAAAUUCAAGGUCUUGUCAUGGCCUGCACCUUCAGAGGACUCCAUAGCGACCAAACCAAACCAAACUGCAAAAGAGAAGAAAAGCGGGAAAGGAAAAGAAGUAAGCUUAUCUUCAACCCCACCUACCCACCCACCCACCCACCCUACCCCCUUAAUCAUCAAGUACACUCCUUAACAUCCUUUAUCAGUUUUCCUGAGGGGAAGCUCCCACCUAAAUUACUCAAAUCUUAACUGGACCCUGCAAUCAAGUUUGAUUUGUAUUUCACUUUUAAGCUUCACAACUCUGUCCUGUGUGUUUCCUAAUCGUUAGCUUGUGCAGUGAUUGCAUAAAACCUCUUCACAGUGUUCUGCCUUUUUUCACUUAGAUAGUCGUUAUUACUUCUACAGAGUCUCAGACUUUGGCAAUAUCCCAAAGUUACCAGCUUAACUCCCUGCACAGAGUUGAAGAGUUUACUCUGGUUAUUUUCUGUAGACUGAGGUGACCGGAUUUCUGUCAUGAAGAUACGAGGUAACUGUUGUUCUAGUCUACAUCACAGACUGUGUAUCCUAUGGACAACUUGCAGGGGGGAAAAAUGUAUGUUCUGUGUGAUAAAUUUCUAAGGUUUGUCCACAUCUUCAUAAGCUUUGCUGGCAGGGACGGGAUUUAUGACCUAUACUGCAGCCCGUCACCAGAGGGUGCUGUUCUCAGGGUGGCUUUACCCAGCAAGGGGGAAGACGGCGUCCAUUCUAUCUACAUGCCAAUUUUUUUUUCUCAUUCAUGAAACGCUUAAAUCGGGGACAUUUCCAGAGACAGUUUUAGGCAGGGAUCGGGAACGUCUGGUCACCUUACUGUAGACUCAACACAAACGAUAAUUUCUGUCUCGUGGCUCAUCUGUGGAAAUAAAAGAAUGCAAAUAAAAAAGCCACAACAGAAUUGAGCUGCUGGGAAUCACCACAUGAAUGACUCCCACUAGCUGCAGGCUAGGCUGUGCAACCCUGAAUGGGAUAAGAGGAAUAGAUAUGAUAACAGAUGGUAGUGAUACAUGAACAGGUAGAUGGAUGGUUUAAAUUGGAAUAAGCUGAGGCUAAUUUUACAAACUCCCACAAUGUGUCUUUUUUAGUUGAUACUCUGCUCGAAUAUUUUCUAAAUGAUUUCUCCUUUCAUGUCCUCAGACCCUCAAAUCUGGCUUUACCAAAGAUAAGCCGAAAGACAAAAAGAAGAAACCGGCUCAGGAGCUGGUCCAGGAUGCUCCGAUCACAAGAGUCCUGGCAUCUGUCCACGUCCCCCUACAAAACCUGCUCAGAGGAAGUCACAGGAUUGAUGCCGUCUGUGACUUUGGUGUUCUUUGCACAGAGCCUGUGGUGGGAGCGACUCCAACAUGUGAGAAGGCGAGUUUACCGGCCAAACAGGCUUUUCAAGAGCGGGAGGGAGGGUAGGAAACAGGCAGCAUCUUUUAAUAGUUUUGUUUGGGUUUCCAGGAUCAGGGAAAGACCAUGAAGGAGAAGGGAUCGAAGCAAAGAGGAGGCAGCGGGACCAGACGGAAGAAUUCAGCAGCUUCAAAAGGUUCAGUAUUCAUCUAGAGAACACAGGCAAUCCCUCUUCCGACUGUCUCUGAGGUUAUUUAUUCAAAGUUAUGGUAAUGAUGACUGUAAACUGGGAAUGUAAUAAUUAAAACCCAAUAUAAUGUUCUGAUUUAUCAGUCACUGCAAUCCUUUUUAUCGUCUGCUCAAAAUCCGGGAUCCUGUCUGUUAUUGUCCUCUCUAGGCAAAGGAAAGGAAAAAGCCAAAAAUGAGGUGGAUGUUCACAAAGAUUCCAAAGACUCUGUGGAACCAGAUCCAUUGACUGUGGAGCUGAGAGUGGAGCUGGAGAAAUGGCAGUCUGUAUCUGAAGCUCAGAGAGUUCUGGUCUCAGACGUAAACUCCUGAACUGGCUCUGUCAGACUGUCAGUAAACUCCGUCUUUUCACGUUUCUUUAACUGAGUUUGGUCUUCAAAGAGAAGUGAAUACAGAGAUAUUUUUUUUAAUUUAUACAUAAAUUCCUUUAUUUCUUUACAGAUAUUCAAAACAUUUUAAAAGAAUGCCUUAUUUUUCAAUAAUUCCUUACAGAAAUGGUCUU